CCUCGCGCGGGUCACGUCCCCGACCUGGGCCUGGCUUGGCCCCUCGGGCGUUCAGUUCUGAAAGCCCUCGGGCCUCAGGCCCAGGCGAGGUAUCCGGGAGGGAGCGGGGACGGAUGGGCCAGCCCUCCCGCGGCGGAGGCGGGGCAGGGUUGCGGGCCCGCGGGGCGGGGCGGCCCUGCGGAGGCCGGACUCGCAGCAGGACCCGGCAGAGGCUGCACACGGGACGCGAGGUCUGAGCGCCCCGCGUCUCACAGCUGCCUCGCUUUCAAGUGUAAUACUCAGCGGGGGCCCCGACUCAGGCCAGCCUUGCGGAAAGAAGGAACGAAGAUGGGUGCUCCUUAAGUGGAGGCAAGCAGCCUGGACCGCGACCUCUGGGAGAGCAUGGUGACCCCCUGGCGCUUCUCUGUCAGGGUCUGCUUGUCGCGUCUAAGGGGCGUGGAGCUCACAAAGGACCUCGGCCUUCUGAGACCCUCUGGGUGCUGUCGCAAGGCGAGACUCUGUUGGCUUCUGCUUGGCACUUUGCCCAAACUCAUCUCAGCCUCUGAGGACAUUGGCAAGGGGGCCUCCGAGAGCUUGUGUCGGCAAAGGACCAGUUGGGGUGACCUGGCUGAAAACGGGCCACUGGAGAGAGUCGCCCCGGAGCAGCGGCUAGGCUGCCUCCUUCUGCACUUGCGGAUCUGGCUCCGGGCGGGGGCGCUCUUGGUGAAAUUCUUCCCCCUCCUUCUACUCUACCCCCUCACCUACCUGGCUCCCAGUGUCUCCAGGCUCUGGCUCCACCUGCUUCUGAAAGCCACCGAGACGUCCGGUCCAACGUACAUCAAACUCGGCCAGUGGGCCAGCACCCGGCGUGAUCUCUUCUCAGAGGCUUUCUGUGCGCAGUUCUCCAAGCUGCACGUCCAGGUGACGCCCCAUCCUUGGACCCACACUGAACACUUCCUACGGCAGGCCUUCGGAGAGGACUGGGGGAGGGUCCUUUGCUUUGAGAAGCAGGAGCCUGUGGGUUCCGGCUGCGUGGCCCAAGUGUACAAAGCACGUGCCAAUCCUGCCUUCCUGGAGAAUGACAGCAUCCGGAGACUGGCCACAGCCUCCAGACUGCAGCUUUCUUCGGAAGCUGGGGAAGUCCAGGGGCUGAGAGAGCUCCUUGGACACUUGGGGAAGGCGUGGAGGCCUCAGGGAAGUCUUGCCGACCAGUCAUUUCUAGAAAGGCUGCUCUUCCCUAAAGCUGACCUGGUUGGAUCAAAUGCAGUCUUCUCUCAGGCUUCGGGACUGGCCCAUGGACCACAGCCAGAUCACCUCAUCCCUGUGGCCGUGAAAGUGUUGCACCCUGGCCUGCUUGCUCAGGUGCAGAUGGACCUGCUGCUGAUGAAGAUGGGCAGCCGAGUCCUCGCACUUUUGCCAGGAAUCAAGUGGCUCAGCUUGCCUGAGAUUGUGGAGGAAUUUGAGAAGCUCAUGGUGCGACAGAUCGACCUGCGUUACGAAGCUCGGAAUCUAGAACACUUCCAAUGCAACUUCCUGAACGUGAACUCUGUCAAAUUCCCCACCCCUCUGCGUCCCUUUGUCACCAGGGAUGUCUUGGUGGAAACGUAUGAAGAGAGUGUGCCUGUGUCUAGUUACCAGCAAGCCGGGAUUCCCGGGGACGUGAAGAGGAAGAUUGCGCGGCUGGGGAUCAACAUGCUCCUGAAGAUGGUAUUUGUGGACAACUUUGUCCACGCGGACCUUCACCCUGGGAACAUCCUGGUCCAGGGCGCCGACGGUCUUCCCAAGAGCCAAGAGGCGCAGCCUCAGCAGGUAGAUGUCUGUGACGCGCUGGCAGUGGCUGUGACGCCUGCCCGGUGCCCGCUGUGCCUGGUGCUUCUGGACGCCGGCAUUGUGGCCGAGCUGCAGGCUGCCGACCUGAGGAACUUCCGGGCAGUCUUCAUGGCCGUGGUGAUGGGGCAGGGCCAAAGAGUGGCUGAGCUCAUCCUGCAUCAUGCCCGGGCCAGUGAGUGCAAGGAUGUGGAGGGAUUUAAGGCUGAGAUGGCCAGGCUGGUGACCCAGGCCAGGAAGAACAGCAUCACGCUGGAAAAGCUUCAAGUUUCCAUCCUUCUCUCGAAUGUCUUUAAGUUGCUGAUGACUCACAAGGUAAAGCUUGAGAGCAACUUUGCCUCAAUUGUGUUUGCCAUCAUGGUGUUGGAGGGGCUUGGCCGCUCACUGGACCCUAAACUGGACAUUCUGGAGGCAGCAAAGCCCUUCCUUCUGCAAGGACUAGCGACCUCCCGCUGAAUGCAGCAGUGGGUGCUUCAUCUCAACUGGAGGCCCCUCCCAACAGCCUCUCCUGUGGCAGCUUGAACAUUCUAAAAUUGGGAUUGUGGAAGACCUGCCACUGCUUUUCACUCCCAUUUGGUUUCAGGCAUCUGUUUUAAAAGCUUUGGGUUAGUUGGGGAAGUAAAGGGAAAGAAGGUCCUCUCAGUUCAGUUGUGGAAGCUGGGCCUGGUGUCAGGGAGACUGUAUUUCAGGGAAAAUGUUCUCUGAAGGAGGACGAAUAAACUUACUUUGU